AUGAGCCUGCCCGUGCACACUGGGCCGGCCCAGGGUGCGCGCCUGCGCCGCGCGUCGUCGCACCGCCCGCCAGCGCUCCCUCUCGCCAACACCUCGCCUCGCCUCGACAUCACCAGCCCGAGCGGCUCCACCUCGCCCCACUCGCCAGCCUCCUACUCGCCCAACCCGCACCUCGGCGCACCGCUCUCGCCUGUCGCCGGCGCCCCCAACUACUUCUCGACGCUCCCGCCCUCGCCGCCGCUCGUCAGCAGCGAGUUCGCGCCCGCCCCGUCGCUCAAGCGCUCCGGCAGCGCAGGAGCGUACCCGACACCGCCCACGACCGCCCCGAACAGCGCACGGCCUCGCGGCGGCUUCGACCUCUUCCACGUCGGCGGCGCUCCACUCGCGGCCCCGAUGCAGCGGCAAGCGUCGAGCGGGUCGUCGAUCCUCCUCGGCGAGGACCUGCACCCAGGCGCCGACUCGACGGCCAAGCGUCGCCCGUCCCUCAUCCUCACGUCGGCCACCGAGGAGCCGCACGGCCUCGCCAUCGGCAUCGACACGGGCGACGGCAGGCUCCCGUCGCCCCUCCUCGGCAACUCGUUCUCGACCUCGCCGCUCAACUCGCCCGCCCAGCCGUACUUUUCGACGAGCCCGGUCAACUCGCCUACCCUCGGCGGCUUUCCGAGCCCGUAUCUCGCGGCGAGCCCGACGUUCGGCACCGCCUCGACCUCGAUGGAGCGCGCGCCGUCCUCGCCUCGACUUUCCUCCUUCACCGACCCGCUCGGCCGCCUCGCGACGGGCCUCGUCCGCCGCACCUCGUCCAACUCGCUCAACACGGACCUCCCGACGUCGGUCAAGCCCCCGCCUUCGCCAACCCUGUCCGCGCCGUCCCUCAGCCCUUCCUUCGGCACGAGCGCGGGCGGGCCCAUCCGCCGCACCAGUUUCGCCUCGGCGGCGCGCGAGAAGGAGAAGGAGAUCCAGCAGGCCGAGGUCAAGAAGCGCACCGACAAGUUCAAGCACUCGCGCAUGUUCAGCUGGGCGGCGAGGCCCAGCGACCCCAAGUCGGCGUCGAGGGCCGCGCAGCGCAAGCCGCAGACGGGCGCGAGCAACGGCUGGCGCAAGCGCACGCUCGCGCUCUUUGCGCUCGUCGUCGUCGGCAUCCUCUACCUCGCGCUCGGCCGUCGGUCCACCUCGUCGCCGCCGCCGGUCGGUCGCCGAACGAGGGCGGCGGUCGGACGGGUCCCGGUCGGCGGUCGGCUCCUUCGUCGACCCGAGACGGGCCGUCAGUUCAUCCACCCGGCCGUCACCAACCGCGACGGCAAGAAGGCGUCGGCUUCGUCCGGCAGCUGGGUCGCGGCGCCGGUCCGUGCGGCGCAGCGCCUGUUCGGCGGCGGCGGGUCGGACAACACGGCGGCCGUCGCUCGCGCCCGGUCGGGCGAGAUGCGCCAGAACGGGCGUGCGCAGGAGCGCUCGACGGCGGCGCCGGCGGCCGCCACCGACAAGGACGUCAAGCGCCGCAACGUCUUUGUCGCUCGCCCGCACGUCGAGUUCAUCGACCACGAAGCGCUCCCGCCACCGAUCGAGCACAACGACCGCCCCGAGCGCGACACGCUCGUCCUGUACCGCAUCCUCGGCAACGACCUCCCUCCCCGACACUCGCCCGGCCAGACGCUGCGCAACCUGCGCUUCCUCCUCCAGCACGAGUCCGACUUUUCGGUCCUGCCGCCUCUCGGCCCGCACGGGCUCCACCACUCGCACCUGUACGGCUCGGGCAACAAGGCCAAGGAGGCGCACACGCAGAUGGGCGGCCUGCGCGUUGACAAGUACUUCGUCCUCAACCGCAUCGCCGACCCCGAGAUGGUGAGCGCCAUCAUCGGCCUCCUGCACCUGUACUCGGUCCCGGACUCGCGCAUCCUCGUCGUCCCGUUCGAUUGGAGCGAGUACCAGCGCCGCGAGUUCCGGUGGGACGGCGGCGUCGACAUGGCGCGAGGGUGGGGCCUCGGCGACGGCUCGGGCGACACGAGCGGGCUCCCGCAGAAGCUGUACCGCGCCGACCCGGAGGAGCUCGCAGCGCUCCUCGAGGAGGCCGACGGCGACGAGGCCCGUGCGCGCGAGGCGCUCCAGCUCCGUCGCCGCAAGGCCGAGACGCUCGGUCGCCUGCGGGCGCUCGACUUUGUCUACCACGAGAAGAACCUGUACGCGAUGAACAACAACGGCGGCCGCAACUUUGCGCUCCAGCACGGUCGCUCGCUCCCGAACGCGCGGUGGAUCCUCCCGCUCGACGGCAACUCGUUCUUCACGCCCGCCGCCAUGUACUCGAUCGUCCGCACCCUGUCCAUCGCCGGCGAGGGUCCGGCGGCGUCUCGCUACGUCAUCAUCCCCAUGGCCCGCCUCCUCGACAACGAGGACGUGCGCAAGAACAACACGGUCGCACUCGUGCCGCUCGGCGUCGAGGAGUCGGCGUCCGCCAUCGCCGACGCCGAGGUCCACCACCGCCCGGCGGCGGCGCCCAUCACGCCCGAGGAGCCGCAGGUCGGCUUCCGGUACGACUCGACCGAGUCGUUCCAGGAGGCGAUGCGCUACGGGCGCCGCAGCAAGCUCGAGCUCCUGUGGCGCCUCGGCGCCAUCCCGUACUCGCGCGGGCUCGACCGCCGCACGCUCCCGUGGGAGGUGACGGACCGCGCCCACAUCACGCCCAAGACGUGGGGCUCGAUCCCGGGCGUCGAGGGCGCCGCGACCCGCGACUCGGUCAUCCACGCGCCGCACGGCGAGGUCGACCCGUGGGGCGAGCCCAACCCGGAACGCGGCGACCUCGCGUACGUCAAGGCCGGGUGGGUCUACCGCCUGUUCGCCGGGUACAAGAUGCAGGAGGAGCACAGCACCGAGGCGGCGACGCUGCGCAACACGAACCGCAUCCGCGGCAUCGUCGCCUUCCUCGAGCACCUCGACGAGCUCGUCGCCCGAGGCGAGCACGGCUGCUUCGGCGAGGAGAACCCGUUCCACUGCGGCUUCCACGUCGACCGCCUGUGGAACUGGGACAUGUUCGACGUCGACCGCCUGCGCCAGAAGUACCGCCUGCACCGCCGCGACGCGCUCGAGAAGGUCGACCGGUACGAGGCGCUCAUCCAGCCGACGCUGCGCGACGUCGCACACGCGCUCAAGGACCCGCAGGCGAUGCGCGACCUGCACGCGCAGAAGGCGGCGACGGCGUCGAUGCUGCUCGCCAUGGCGGGCUACCUCACGGGCAACUCGACCUACUCGAACGCGGCGAGCGACUUCCUGAGCGAGCGGUUCGUGCGCCGCACGCCCCACUUCUACCUGCGCGUCGACCAGCACGAGCAGUUCCUGCGGCAGCAAGACGACGAGGGCGCCAACCUGGCCGACAGCGAGCGCGACAUCAUCGGCUACGCCUUCCCGCCGUUCCCCAAGGACCAGGCGGCGACGUGGAGCGCGAGCCUCGCCGGCAAACUGUCCGAGCCCGGCGCUCCUCCUUUGCCGUUUGACGCCCUCAAGUUUGACCCGCUCGUCCUCCUCGACGCCGUCCGCCUCCUGUCGCACCCGAGCGGCCCCAAGCUCGCCAACCCGGCGCAAGUGUCGCGCAAGGCGUUCCAGCCGCUCGUCAACUCGCACCUGUCGUACCUCCUCUUUGCGCCGUCGGCGCUCGCCCUGUCGGCCGACCCGCCCGACGCCGAGACGGGCGCGAUGUACGACGCGCGCGUCGCGGCGCUCGCCGCCUUCCUCGACGACGUGCAGCUCGUCGGGCGCGUCGCGAACCGGGCCCGGCUGCGGCUCCCGAGGGGCAUGCGCGCCGAGGGCCUCAUGGACAACGACCGCACCGUCCAGGAGACGCACUGGAGGCUGCUGCAGGGCCUGCGCAACCUCAAGAUGCGGCCAUGGAGCUUGGCGGGCAAGGUCGAGGACGAGGAGGCGCUGUGGGCCAUGCAUCACGGUGGCGGCGAGACGCCGCUCGCCGUGCUCGGGCUCUAG